AUGUACCAUUUUUCAAGGACGAAUAUCCCGAGCUUUUUGGUCCUUGCAAUGGCAUAUUUUGCGACGAAUAUCCCGAGCAUUUUGGUCCUUGCAAUGGCAUAUUUUGCGUUACGGAUAAUGGUGACAUUGCUUCGUGGAACCCUUCAAUUGGAGAAGACACUUCCUGCUCCUUCCUUCACUUACCGGCGGGGUUUGAAAUCCCUUACGGAGUGUGUAGGAUUUGGCUUCGAUCCCAUUACUAAUGAUUACAAGGUGGUAAGGAUCGUGGAGAUAUUCGAAGAUGAUGAUUAUUAUCGUUAUGAAUGUACCAAAGCUCAAAUUUACAACCUAAGUACUGAUUCUUGGAGAGAAAUCAACGCCGUUGUGCCCGAUAUUUCACACUUCCACUGUUUUGAACCAUUUCUUAAUGGAUCCUUUCAUUGGAGUGCAAGUUAUUUUGUUGGUGACGGUGAUUCUGUUGAUGACAAGGAUUUUAUCCUUUCUUUCCACAUGAGCACUGAGGUUUUCCAAAAGAUGGGGUUUCCGUAUGUUUGCUCCAUUGGGGAUGGAAAAUACAGGAGUCUUGGAGUCUUAAAUGAAUCCCUUGCCUUGAUUCUUUAUGAUUAUUCUGCAGUGGAGACGAAAAACUUUGACAUAUGGGUGAUGACUGAAUAUGGGGUUAGUGAGUCUUGGACUAAACAAUUCACAAUCGGACCCCUUUCAGGAGUCCCCUGCCCAUUAUCAAUUUGGAAGAACAAUGAGCUCCUUCUAGAAGCUAGCAAUGGACAAUUGGUUUCAUGUAAUCUCAAAACACAAGACAUCAAGGAAUAUGAGAUCUGUGGGGUUCAAACUACGUUACGGGGUUCUUGUCUACAAUGA